AUGGUAUCUACUGGAUCUAACCAAACAUUUACAUGGCAGUUGAAUCUCACUGACCAAGAGAAAUCACAGGAGUUGAAAGUUCAGUUUGGUCGUUGGGAUAAAGACCAAGACAAUGUUAAAGGCGGUUACCUUAUGACGUUCAUCCAAAAACCGUCAGCAAAUGGAAGCGUGGAGUUGUGGAACUUGAAACGUUUACAGUGGGUGGGAGACUUGACACGUGAUUAUUUUGUGGCCUUUAAACUCUUCGAUGUAAAACUUCGUGAUUCUGGAGAUUAUGGGAUCAGGUUCCGAGUGGAUUUGUUCCCUAUACAAACUGCAGAAAGUUGGUUUACACUCUCAGUACAGGAUCCACCUCCAUUGCCAACCGAACUACCAGAACCUCAAAAUAUUACUCGGGAUGUGGAGGAAGGUCAUGAACUUAACAUCACGUGUCACAACAGGAAGGUAGCAAGUUCGUCCGUCUUAUGGACCAGAAACGGUAUUCCUGUGCAAACAGGAAAAAGCAAGUUUCUGUACAUAAAGAGUGUGAACAGAACACACGCUGGGAACUACAUCUGUGUCUCACUGUCUCCUGAUGGCAAUCAUAGUUCACCUAUCACUGUUGUUGAUGUGUUAUGUAAGUUUAUUUUAUAUUUAGAUGUUGUGAGAACUGAACAGCUGCCAGAAAAGUCGUUAAAACCUCAAAAUAUUACUCGGAAUGUGGAGGAAGGUCAUGAACUUAACAUCACGUGUCACAACAGGAAGGUAGCAAGUUCGUCCGUCUUAUGGACCAGAAACGGUAUUCCUGUGCAAACAGAAAAAAGCAAGUUUCUGUACAUAAAGAGUGUGAACAGAACACACGCUGGGAACUACAUCUGUGUCUCACUGUCUCCUGAUGGCAAUCAUAGUUCACCUAUCACUGUUGUUGAUGUGUUAUUUACUGGAAAAACUGGAAAUUGGCAAGACUUUGCUACCAAAAAGCCAAUACCAGGGUCUUAA